AUGGCCCGAGUCCUUCUCCUGGCGGCCAGCCUGCUGGCUGCCACUUUCACCACUGCCUCGCCUGUCCAGGGUGCCAGCAGCUCCGUUUCUCACGACGAGAAACGGCAGUCGACGAGCUUCUGGUAUGCCAACAUGGACCACACCGGCAACCCUCGCGGCUACGCCCCGGACCUCGACGGCGACUUCUCGUACGCCGUGUACAAGGCCGUUGCUCCCGGCGAUGGUGCCGGCAUUCAGCGAGCCAUCAACGAGGGCACCAAUGGCGCAACUCGUCAUGGCCAGUGGCUUGCUUCUCAGCCCAGAGUUGUGUAUAUUCCCCCGGGCACAUACACCAUUAGCAACACGAUCUACAUGAACACCGACACCAUUCUCAUGGGAGACGCCACCAACCCACCCAUCAUCAAGGCCGCCCCUGGCUUCUCGGGCAGUCAGGUCCUGAUCAAUGGCCAGGAUCCGUCUACUGGUAUUUCUGGAGAGCUCUCCUUCGCCGUCGGCUUGAAGAACCUUAUUCUUGACACCACGAGCAUUCCCGGUGGCAAUGCGUUUACCGCGCUCUACUGGGGUGUUGCCCAGGUUGCCCAACUCCAGAACAUCAAGAUCACCAUGGCCUCGUCAUCUGGCGGCAACGGCCACACUGGUAUCAGACUUGGCAGAGGCUCAACUCUGGCUCUCGCGGACGUGCGCGUUGAGCGUGGACAGAAUGGUAUCUGGCAAGACGGCCACCAGCAGGCCCUGUACAAGUCCAUCUACUUCUACCAGAACACUGUGGGCAUGCUCAUCACUGGUGGCGCCACCGUCAGCAUCCUGGCACCAACCUUCGAGACGGUCGGCACGGCCGUACUCUGCACUGGAGGCUCGCCUUACAUCGGCCUGGUAGACGCCAGAUCCAUCAACUCUGGCGUCACCUUCAAGACCACAGUGUGGCCUUCAUUCCUGAUCGAGAACCUCACCAAGGACACCAACUCCGACAUUGCUCAAAACCCGGACGGCACUCUCCUGUCCGGCAGGUCCCACGUCGAUACCUACACUUUCGGCAACACCGUUGGCCGCAACCCUGUCUAUGGCGCCACAACCACGACCAACACGCGCCCUCAGGCGCUUGCUCCCGGAGGCAGGUACCCUGUCUUGCCUGCACCUAACUACGCCUCCAACACUGUUGCCGACUUCAUCAACGUGAAGGACCCUGCCCAGAACGGUGGCCGCACUGUUCUCGGAGACAACACCAAGGACGAGUCCCAGGUCCUGAACCAGAUCCUGCAGCUUGCUGCCAGCACUGGCAAGAUUGCUUACUUCCCCUUCGGCAAGUACCGCGUGGACGACACACUCCUUAUCCCCAAGGGCUCUCGCAUCGUCGGUGAAGCCUGGGCCACCAUCACAGGCAACGGCGACAGGUUCAAGGAUGAGAGCAACCCUCGCCCGGUUGUCAAGGUCGGAAACGCUGGUGACGUCGGUGUGGCUCAAAUCUCCGACAUGCGCUUCACCGUCUCCGAUGUGCUCCCCGGUGCCAUUGUAGUACAGUUCAACAUGGCUGGCUCGAAGCCUGGCGACGUUGCCCUUUGGAACUCGCUGAUCACCAUUGGCGGUACCCGUGGUGCUAGCGGCCUCACCGACAAGUGCCGCGAUUCCAGAAACGAAUGCAAGGCAGCCUUCCUGGGCAUGCACUUCACCUCUGGCUCGUCCGCAUAUGUCGAGAACGUGUGGAACUGGGUUGCCGACCACAUCACCGAGGACUUUAACGGCGGUUCCAGCAUUGCAGCCAAGGGUGGCGCUCUUGUCGAGUCGACCAAGGGCACAUGGCUCCACGGCCUGGGCAGCGAGCACUUCUGGCUCUACCAGCUCAACCUCCGCAAGGCCAGCAACGUCAUGGUCUCGCUUCUGCAGUCCGAGACAAACUACGACCAGGGCGACAACGUCCAACAGAUCCCUCCCGCACCCUGGGUCGCCAGCGUCUCUGGCUGGGGCGACCCGGACUUUUCCUGGUGCUCGGGCGGUGAUACUCGCUGCCGCAUGGGCUUUGCCAACUACAUCAACGGCGGCUCCAACAUCUACACCUAUGCCUCCGCGUCGUGGGCGUUCUUCAGCGGUCCGGGAUACCAGAGCUGUGCGGGACCAUUUGCAUGCCAGAACCACCUUCACUGGAUCGAGCAGACGCCUUCCAACUUCCAGGCCUUUGGCCUCUGCGGCAAGGACAGCUGGGCAGCACUCCGCCUUGGGGAUGGUACCGUCAUCACCAGCCAGCCCGACUUCAAGGGCUCUUGGGCCGAUGGCAACGGCGGCUCGCUCGUCGACCGCUACACUCCCUAA